AUGUCAUCAGUUGCUCAACAAGCUGCCAAGAAGGUCGAUUUUGCUAAGCUUAUCAAAAGUUUGGGAUUGACUGGAUCGACUGCAGCCUCAUUGACUGCUUUCAAAAAGAGACACGAAGAAGCCAAGAAACAAUACAUAGACUUGUCUAGUCAAUCUACUGAAGUUGACUUCAACCGUUAUAGACAAAUCUUGAAGAAUUCGAAAGUUGUCGAUGAAAUCGAAAAAGCUGUCUCUUCAUUCAAGCCAGUCACUAUUGAUGUCUCCAAGAACUUGAAAAAUAUUGAGAUUUUUGAACAAAAGGCUGUUGAAAAUGCUCAAUUGACUGAAAAAUCAGUUACUAAAGAGAUUGAUGAAUUGAAAGCCACUUUGAAGGAUAUCGAAAGUGCUAGACCAUUUGAUCAAUUGACUGUUGAUGACGUUGCCAAGGUCAGACCAGAUUUGGAUGAAAAGACUGCUUAUAUGGUCAAGAACGGUAAAUGGGUUGUUCCAGGUUAUAGAGAAAAAUUCGGUGAUUUGGCUGCUAUGUAA